AUGGAUCGCCUCACAACACAGUGCUCUUCGUCAAAGGAGAUGAUGAAGGCCAAGGCGAUGCCAACGAAGCCUAAGGCCUUACCGAAGAGGCGCCCAAGUGCUCCCUCGUUGCGUGGUCCAAUGCCAAAACAAAGACCGGCAAAGCCCUCCUGUCACUUUGCACCAAUGCCAUUGCAGCCGGCUGCUCCUCGGCCUCCUUCACAUCCGCCACCGAAGCACCUACUACAGGAAGCCAAGAGGCAACGCACCGCUUCCCCCUGGGACGACGAUGAGGUGACGGAGGAUGAAGAAGCUGAUCAAUGGAAGUGGCAGGAUUGGCAUGGGCAGUGGGAUGAUGAUGGGGACGAUGACGAAUGGGUCUUCAAUUGGAUGAAGCGGAAACAUCCUUCUCGGUCUUCGAAACCCUCUGCAGCACCGUGGUUUGAGGACGAUGACAACGAUUGGGAGCAGCCUUGGCCGAAACGACCAAGAUUUUCCGAUGCACCUGAACGAUGGAGCGAAGAAGAGUGGGAACAGUCACGGCAGGAGGCGGAGUUGAAGCUGCUGGGGGAGUUGGCUCCUUCGGAAUCCAGUUGGGAAUAUUUCAUCUCCGACGAGAGCCGGCGAUCCUUUGUUGGCUACUUGCCGUCUGCGUUCACUCCCAAAGAGUGUGGCAUGAUGUUUAAACAGAUCAAGGAGAGUGUGUCUUUUCCUGAGCCGAUGACCCCGGGUCAGCGGACACGAACAGCCUGGAUGACCAGAGGCUGUUCCUGCAAGUACUGCUAUGGUGGUCUAGAGCUGGAGAGCGAGCAAUUUCCUGUGUGGAUGCUGGAGAUUCUCAAGAAGGUCAUGAAGCAUUGUGGACUCCUGUCGAAGGACUGGCCCGACUCCUGCACCCUCAACUUCCUUGAGGACGGUGAAGCUUCGAUGGGCUGGCACGCAGAUGACGAGGGCCUUUUUCAAGGGAAGUUGGAGGACAUUAGUGUGGUCUCGUUGUCCUUGGGAGAGUCACGCACCUUUGAGUUGCGGCGGAACUGGCCGGAGGCUGAGAAGGCCACUGAGAAGAUUACGUUGAAGAGCGGAGACCUGUUGACCAUGGAGGGCAUGACCCAGAAGCACUUCAUGCAUCGCAUUCCCAAAGCUGGAUGUAGUGGUCCUCGAAUCAGUCUCACUUGGCGUUGGAUUCGCAAGCACUACCCCGAGUGCUUGGCUCACAGAUCAACCAUGAACGGAGCUGUGGAGAACUUCAAGCUUGAGCUGCAAGACUCCUGUGCCCGUAUCAUCUGUGCUGCCGAGCAGGAGCUGGCGUCUGCCAACUACGAAGCCAAGAAGCGUAAAGAGGACUUUUCCGAGUUCACAUCCUUCGAUGACACGAAGAUCCAAUCUGGAACUGCGGGCAUGUGGAAUGAGAUUGCCAAUCCGACCAGAGAUCUCGAUGAGCGCGAGCGUGCCCUGAUACUCCGAGAGGCAGAUGUGGAUCGACGCGAGAGAAUUCUGCAGGCCAAGGAGGAUAACCAUUUGCUUCCGAUGACUCCGACCCCUGCCCGCGCUGGGGCUCGUUUCUCACCGCGCUUGCCGCUCCAGGCGACCCAACAAACAGACGACUAUGGGUUGUCACCGGUGCUGUUCUCUUCGACCAAGUCAGGUCAGGAGACCUUGGAAUCCUUCUGCAUUCCUUCACCAUUGGUGACCGAGUCCGAGCUUGACACCGUGGAGGUCGGAAGCUGCCACCGGUUGAAGGCGAUGUUUGAGCGACGGGACAUGGACACGCCACGCCCUACCGCACGCAGGACUGGCGGCCCGAGUCAGACGAUUGCUGCAACUGCAGCAGCACUGCAGGCUGCUGUGACCGGGAAUGCUACCGAGGGAAGGAAGCCGCGAGUGACAAUGCAGGAGUUGCUACGACAGGAUGAGGAGCGGCUCUCAGUUUACUGA